GAUCGAACACGUUCGAAAGAUUCGCGAUGUUCAAAGUAUUGGCUCAGGCAUCGUUUUGGCUAGCUUUGUUUUGGCUAACCGAAAUUAGUAAUGGCCAAUCGUAUACCGGCUGUGACUUUUCGAUGAUUUACUUUCCCGGAAGUGUAAACUACAUAGCUUCCCCGAAUUGGCCCAACUAUUUCAAACCGGGAAUCAACUGUCGGUACACGCUGCAGGCUCCGGUCAACUACUAUCUGUAUGCCCAGUGUUACAAUGUGGAGCUGCUCAAUCGCACCGGAUGCAUCUAUGACAAGUUGAUACUGUCGCUGAAUGGCGAUCCGAGCCUGUCCGGUGCAUUGUGGCAAUGUAGAAAUACUCCGUUCAACGUUGCCUCCACGGGGAACAAGAUGGUUGUGGCGCUGCACUCGUGGCCAUUCACCCUAACCGGGGGAGGGCGCUUCCGCUGUCAGAUUUCGGUGCUUCCCUUGCCGUGCAACUGUGGAACCAGGAAAAAGCCUCUGAUCGUUGGAGGAGUAUCUACACAGCAAAAUGAGUUCCCAAUGGCAGCAGCAAUAAUGAAUGUAGCGACUUCAAAACCAAACCUUGUUUGUGGAGCCACUAUUAUAACCGAUCGUCACGCUCUGACUGCCGCACAUUGUUUAGCGGGAAGACAGGUUAGCUCGACUGCCCUGCUUGUUGGCGGUCACAACAUCGCUAAUCUUUCACUGACGGCAACUUCCGUUCUGAUGAAUGUCUCUACCUUCACUCGGUAUCCAGAUUACGAUGCCACGCGACAGAUCAAUGACAUAGCGCUGGUACGAACUACAAACGCAAUAGUCUUCAAUUCGGCGGUGGGUCGUGCUUGUUUGCCAUACCCGUACACCGGGCGGACCUUCGAUGGACUAAAUCUGGAAACCUUGGGUUGGGGAACGCUGGAUUACGGGGGUCCAAUGGCUACGGUUCUGCAGAAAGUAUCCCUACAAGUGAUGAACCCGUACACCUGUAGGUCAAAAUUGACAAAGAAUACUAUACUGGGGAGUCAAAUUUGUACUUACACACCCAAGAAAGACAGCUGUCAGUACGAUUCCGGUGGACCAAUGUUGUAUACUAGCUCUACUACGGGAAAGGUGUACAGUAUAGGAGUUAUUAAUUAUGGAACUGCUUGUGCAACUGACUUUCCGAGUGUUAGCUCCAGAGUUACGUCUUUCAUCGGUUGGAUUGAGGCGAAUACUGUUGGAUUCAAUUACUGCGAGAAACCUUGAAAGGAGUCGAAUUUAAGUAGUGAAUGAUUUGAAUACAGCC